UAGAUUUAAUAAUGUAUAGAUCUAGAAAAUGAAUUCAACACUGUCAAAAAAGCAGCUUUUGAUAUCUGAAGCAGAAGAAGAAAUACUUGUUAAAAUUGAAUCAAUUUGCCUAGAUAUCAUCAAUUCACUUUCCCAAGAUGAGCCUCCAACUUUAAAUUAUCCUCGUAGAUCAAAUUGGAAUGAACUUGUCUUUGAAGAAACAGUUGGUCUUGACAACAACUCCGCAGAUAUGCCAAUGACAUCCGUAAAGUUUAACAAGCCCAGAUCAGUUAAAAAAUUUGCAACCAUGUUAAAGAUCUUAAAAAUAAUUUAUUCGUUGGUACAAGAAAACAGAUAUUGCACAAAAAGAGACAUAUUUUACCAGUAUCCAGAAUUGUAUCCAUGCCAGUCAAUGAUAGACAAAAUAAUUGAUGACAUUGCUAGUAUGCUUAAAGUUCCACGAUGGGAGCUGCAUAUUCUAGCAACAAGUAAAGGAUUAGUUGCUGGGAAUCUACAAUUUGAGGACAGUGAAGGUACACGUUUUGACUGCCAGCAUACUUUAUCAGGAGUACAGAUAGCUGCUCAUACCAAAGAUAUGCAAAAUAUUCAGACACAGGCAAAGUUUGUACUAGUAGUGGAAAAAGACGCCACCUUCCAAAAGCUAAUGAACUGCCAAUUUUGUCAGAAAGUGGCAAACAGUAUUCUUAUUACUGGCAAAGGAUUUCCUGAUAAUGCAACACGCCUACUUUUACAAGAUAUUUAUAACAUCUAUCAACUACCCAUAUUUAUUUUGGUUGAUGGUGAUCCUCAUGGCAUUGAAAUUAUGGCUGUUUACAAGUAUGGAUCUAUGAAUCAAGCCUUUGACAACAAAAAUUUAGCUAUACCUUCUAUUGAGUGGAUUGGAAUUUUACCUGAAGAUAUUAAUAGGCUGCAUAUCCCCACUGCUGCAUUGAGCCCACUUUCUGAGAAGGAUAUCCAAAAAUGUAUCAGCCUUCGAUCAAGGCCUUACUUUCGACAAGAUGAAAGCAUUCUCGCUCAGAUUGAUAUUUUGCUUCAGUUAAAGAAGAAAGCAGAAAUUCAGUGUCUAGAUGCCAUUAGUCCUGACUACUUAUGUGAUGUCUACCUUCCAUCCAGAUUUGAUCUUUUACUACCAUAAAUGUAUUCUCUAUAAUUAUAUUAACAAAUACAUUCUGAUA